AUGCUUCCUUCGACUUCUUUUAUUUUUGAUGAUGAGAGUGAAGAUAAUGUCGACCCUUUUACUCCAAUGACUCAUGGGGAGUAUAGGAUUUUGAAUAAGAAGCUAAAUCAUUUACUUCGUUAUGCUGGUACUUUCUCUACUACCAAUUUUGAGAACUCUGUGACCUCUCGUCAAUCUAUUAUGCAACUAAUGCAAGCUCUUACUUCCGAGAAUGCAAAGACAUUUGAAGCUCAAAAGAAGUUAGUUGAAAAGUCUAUUGUUAAAGUUGAAAGUGUUAUGAAACAUGUUGAUUCAACACUUUUAAAAGUGAAGACUCUUGCUACGAAAGUAGAUGGAUUUUUGAAGAAUUUUCAAGAAAAAUAUGAUAAUCAAGCGAUUACAGUUACAAAAAUGAUUGAAUGGUUUUGUGAUUCUCUUUGUAAGGAAAAUGAAAGUCUAUAUUCUCUUCACUUUGGGAUACAAAAAGACAAUGCAGAUCUUCACACUGAUGUUUCCAGUUCUAUUAUUUCUCUUCAAAACAAUCUUGAAGGUGAAAACAAGUUUAUGGAUGUGAUUGCUUAUAAGACUCAGAAAAUAAAUGUUCUUCAAGAAAAACUUGAUAAAGUUACAAAAGACAAUGCCAGUAUGAAUGAAUAG